AUGACCUUACCAACGCUGCCUUUCGACAUUCUUCUCCUUAUCCUGGAAUACCUUCCUCUCCCUGAUACUACGUUGUCCCGCCACAUCCGCGACGAUACCCCAUAUAAUCAUGGACAGGCACAAAACGCGCUAUACUGUUGCUCUCUCGCGAAUCGGGAGCUAAGCCAGGCAGCUGGGAUGGUGCUUUACCGUUGUGUGAGGCUGGACAUUCGGAAGAAGUCAAAAUCUCAGCAGAUAGCCGCAGAGUCUAGCUGGUCAAACCAGAAAGGCACACCUGAAUCUCGCAAUGAAGAAGCUGAUGAACAUGAUUAUGGCCUUCCUGCGGCACCUCAUCCCUUGUUAUCUGCUCUCAAUUCAACCCUUCCAAUCAACUCUUAUAUGUAUGUCCAACACUUGCACAUAACAGGAUAUCUGUCCACUCUUCCCCCUGGAUCUUCCAGCAAUCGACUUCCAAUGCUACUAGCUGAUGCAAUACAUCUCUUCACUUGCGGAUCCCAUGCCAAACUCCAAAGUCUGCGCUUUACGCCGCAGGAUUGUCACCCCCAGACUUUUGUUCAGAGCUUGAAAAUCUUGUCGGAAUUCCAUCGAGAGGUCGGAUCGUCUCUGUGCCUCAGCGAACUACAUCUGAAUCAACACGCGUUUGACGACGAAAACAAGACAAGACUUUUGGCGCAGAUUACAGGACUCAAGAAAAUUACACUUGAAAAUCCUACGCGCGUACUGUUGCAGGCGCUUGUUAGUGACAAUAGAGAGAGUAACUCCUCGAAUAAAGGCUGGUUGUAUCAUCUUCAAACGGACCUGGUCGAACUUCAUCUUCUGAACAAUUGUGGCUCAAUUACACCAGGAGUAUUACACUCUUUUAUACCCUAUCUAUCCAACCUCGAACGUCUUACGCUGGGGAUUUCAUAUUCUCUCGCUGACAAGGAUGUUUUCGUCGCACUAUCCAAACUGAAAAGACUGAAAAGCAUUGGUGUGCGAUGGUACCUUCAACUUAACUCUCCUCCGCCCUCGAUUUUCAUUGAGGAAUGGCCGCUUCCUGCACUCGAGAUAUUCCAGGUGGGGUAUUCCUCUCGGUCACUUCGAGCUGCGCUUCCUCGCAGCAACAUUUGCAAUACUUCUUCAACCCAUACACAUAUGCGUGUCUCUUCUGCGUCUUCUGAACUCGACGAGACGUCGGACGGGUCAGAUGUUUCAUGUCCUCUGUGCUCCUGGGUCUUGAAAGUUACUGCCGGCUCACCUGCAUUGGAAGAGGUCGUAUUUGUAGAUGAAGAUGACGGGGAUGGCGAAUAUGAGACAGACGAUGAACAAAGUGACUUUGACAGUGAAGUCGAGGAUGGACAGGUUCAAGCCCAGGCAAUCAAAAGGAAUAUGUGGAUGAUGCUGGGAGGUAUAAACUUAGGGGAGAGCAUUAUCGAAGAAGAGGAAGAAGACCUAGACCACUUCCCCCAGAUAGAUUCUUAA